AUGCUUCUCACUACUCCCAUUGUCCUGCUUGCCUCGGUAGUUUCAGCCCUACCAACCACGUCUCCAUCCGAGCCCGCAAAAGCCUCGAAUUGCGACAUCCUCAAAGCCCUAGCCGGCACAUAUGCGCUUGUCAACACGUCGAGCACGCAGAACAACGUGCCCAUCCCAGAUGCAACCUACGGCGAGCAUCCAGUCGGCAUCCUCAUCUACACCGCUUCAGGUCACAUGAGCGCCACCCUCACAGCCACGGAAAAGGAUCUCCGGCCUCCCGUACAAUUCCCCUUCCGCCCCAACGAGACCGACGCCGAAUGGGCCCUGGUUGGAAAGCACAGCAUCGGAUACGCAGGGCCGUUCCGCAUCAAUCCUGCCGUUCCAGCAACUGAGACCGACGGCCAACUCUUCCACGGCCCGCUGACCGUGGCCAACGUGCCGACAAUGGUGGGACAGGAACACAGAAGGAACUACACGGUUGUGGAGCGCGAAGAAGAUGGCGCAAUAGUCAAGUAUCUCAAGAUUGGCAGUGAACGGGGCGGGGGCUUCCGCGGCGUGCUGUGGUGGAAAAGGAUCGAUUAG